AUGAGAAUCAGCCGUAAUCUUCUGAUCAAACUAUCCAGAGAAGCGAAUCAUCUGGGCAUAUGCCAAGACAAUGGUUCGAGGCUGAGCCUCAUCAUGACUUGCAUAGAGGCGGGGCCGGACACGUACUUUCUCCGAAGCCAGUCCGAUAACACGAUCAAGUUGGGAAGACGAGGCCGAACAAAUGGCAUACAACAAAAGAUGCCUGCGAUCCUUUUGGCCUUGAAAUCCUUCGAUCGAACCGCUGGCAAGAGGCUAGCAGACUCGAGGUCCAGUCUAACAUUGCUCCACACUGAUUCUCCUCCUUUUACAGAUGACUAUUUCGAACAUUUGCCCACGGUCCGGGCUCCCUCGCCUGACUACCAGAGCCUGGACACGCUGGGCCGCGGGCGAUUCAGAGGCCCAAUGGCCUUAGAGACGGGAGCGCUGUCUCCGAGGCGCCAGACAAACGAGCCCUGGGUCUGCCAGUACGCCUGCGGAGGCGCCGGGCCGCCACCACCUCCACCACUACCACAACCACCACCACCCCCACAAGUGGCAGCAACAGUACCGACUCUGCCGUUGGGUAAUGUCGAACUGGGCAGGCAGAAACCACCCUCAGGAGCGUCUGCCAAACGGCCGGUUGGGGGCCAACAGUAUCACAGAGGCGAAAUGGAAGAGGGGGAAUCGGAGGCGGCCGAUUCCAGUCGUCCAGUUGGCGGGACUCUGACCGAGGCAACCGAGGCGGCCGAGGCCCCAGCGUCUCGGUGGUACCGGCGCUGUGUGACGCUCCACAGGCCCGGACAGUCGGGCGGCAUGUUGAAGACGGCCAAUAGCCAAGUGGGCAACGAGGGCAGAAGCGACUCUGAUGCCGAUGGUGCUGUGGAGGCGAGCAAAGACGGACGACUCCGGCUGGCCGGCUUCCACAGCAAGGCCGGCGACCUGUUGGCGGGCCGGGCGGCCGAGACGAGCAGGGGCUGGACGGACUGCCGACCGGACACGGCCAGAUGGCUUGAGGCGAGAAGCGCCGGAGUUGGAAAACCGGACGUGACGCCACAGUCGUCCGUCGCCUACGACGCCUGUACCACUGGCAGAUACGCCUAUCAUGCCAUUCGAGAAGGCAGUUUUGUCUGA